AUGGCACUCGAGCACGCAACACAGUUCUGUGAUCAACAUCGGGAAGAAAGUGAGUUAAUGAUGCCUCCACAAAGAGCUGUUAGAGGUCGUCCUGCUAGGUGGAAUAUCGAGGAACAAAGGGUAUCCAAUGCACCUGAAGUGAAAACCAAAGGAGAGGUCACCAAUGCUGAAUUUUGGGAAGCAAUCCGAAUGCUAAGUCAAGUUGUGACCAACAAAGUUGGGCAACAAAGAGGGGCUCGACAAGAAGAGACUGAUACUUUGAGGAUCCAGAUGGUUGUAGAUAUGAGGAGCACGAUGAGUUUAUUUAUGGCUAGGAUUUCACGUCUAUCAAGCAAAGAGGGCAAGGUAGCUAUACUAAUUAGGGAUAUGGAUAUAGCAAGGUUGAUGGUUUAUGUGCAGCAGGUUGAGGGAGAGAAGCUGAGAGAUAGAAAAGAGUUUAGAAACAAGAAGGCUAAGACAUGGAGUGAGUCCGGGCAGCAAAGAAAUAAUAACUUUAGAGUUAGACCUACACAGUCUCAGAGUAGUAAGGCACAAGGAGGUAACUGGGCUCCUGCAUAUGCUAAGCGUGGAUAA